AUGUUGAAGUCUUCAAGUGGCUACAGCUCGUCGAGCGCAGCUCACAUCGAAGAUGUUUUGAACAGCUGUUUGAGGGGACUGGACAGAUCCCGAUGCCUUGUGGUCACUUCAGGUGCUCGUUGGACUGGUCGACAGCCAAGCUUUCCUGGCGCUAAGGUUCUUCAGAUUGACUGCAGGCAUUUCCAUGAUCCUGACAAUGACAGGUCGAUCCGAGGUUGCACUGGACGACAUCCUAGCAUUAUCCGAGGAGUUGCAUAUCAUGAGGCAAUGAAUGACCUCGUUGAGCAGGUGACAAAUUUCUUGAGGGCUAACCCGAAUGGGAAGCUUGUGAUUCACUUGUACUGCACCAGUGGUCGUCAUCGCAGUGUUGGAUUGGCAACUUUGAUCUACUACUUCUUGGACGUAACUGAUUGGAGGGAGCCUUUGCUGAUCCAUUAUCACAGCCCGGAGUGGCGUGAGAUGACUUGUGGAGGCCAUUGCAGCCUUUGUGCAACAGCCGACACCAGAGAGCUUAGAGACUUGAUGAACAGGUACCUUCCUGACGUGCGUGUUGUGGAUGAACCUGAUAGGGCCUACUACAACGGCGACGAGAUCUUUCCCCACGUUGACACCAGCCAGGACCGUGCCAGUUCCAGUCCGUGUAUGUUCCAGCAUAUCCACCUCCAAGCCGCAGUGCUGGAGACUCAUCUCGUGGAGGAGGAGUACAUCACGAAGGAGAUCACCAUGGCCGUGAUCAUGGAGGACAAGACCGACCAGAAGGAGAUCCUCUUCGAGCGGCAGGCGUGGUCGGCGAUCUCGAAGCAGCCACCGAUGCGACGUCCAUGUGAUGAGUCUCAACGACAGAGACUUGAGAGGGAACUUCGCGACAUCUUGAACGACAGCAGCGGAGACCCAUACUGCUGGAAUGUCGACGAAGACAUUCUUUCUUGGCUCAUCUCUUCUGCAAAAUUUUGGGGAAACAGAGAUCGGGUGAUCUGGAUUACAGACCCCAGCCUUCCUCAUGAGGAGCAGCAGCCGCAAGGCAUCAGGGUGGACAUCAAGCUCAGAUCCCAUGUGAGGAGUACUUUGCUUUCAGGUGGCAGAUGGAUGCGUCAACAGGGUUGGGUGAGAUCGUCUUUCUACCGACCACGUGAUUCCACAGGCACGUCGUGGAACAGGCUUCAACGGGAAGAGGCUGUUGGAGAGAACGUCGAUCUCCCGACUACUUGGGCCGAUUUGGUGAUCUUCUCACAUCGAGACGUGCGCCCGCGAGCAUAUACGGGGCGCGUGGUCUUGUUGUCAGGUGGUCAGGGUAUGAAGUUGGAGCCCCAAAAGGGUCGAAAGGCCGCCCCAAAAUCGGAGCCCCAAAGGCAACAUCAUAAGGAUCCACCAGUUCCACCACAGCCUCGUCGGUUUAUGAUUUGUACAGAUGAUGACAUGUUCAAGGGAGAUCUCAAGAUUCAGACCCCGAAAACUGAGUCAACCGACUAUAGCACAAGUUCACCCGAUGGGAGCCCUGUUGCCAAACUUGUGAAAAGCGAACCCUCCAAUGAAAAGCCUUGUCAUGAGAAAACCCCAAAGGAUGAAGUGAUCAUCAAAAACGAACCCGGUGAUGUAUUGCCAGUUGGACUCAUGGCCAGAGAUCCAGAUGGUCCCAACAUGCAUGAAGUUGUUCUGGACUCCGACACCGAUGUUGAAGUGCAUGAACAUGGUCCAAUUGCCAUUCAACCCAAUGAGAGAGUCACCAUGGGUAGGAAGCACCGUAAAGCAGUGUUGGACGGUAUUGCCAAUUUGAACAAGAACGACAUGAUGAUCCAGAGUGGACUUGGUUUGAUUUCCAAUCCCAAUCGAGAUAGCAAGACAGUUGUGUUCACUUCCCAUCCGUUCGUGUUCGUCCAGGAGUCUGGCCAGCCUUUGGUCGACGUGAUCGACGUUGGUGUGGGGGCCAGUCAUCUUGACCCUGAAUUUGACCCCAAAGAUUUUUGUAAUCUGUUGGAGGGGUAUCAAAACAUUGUCAUUGCCAUUGGAUACAACAACUCAAAUGAUCCAUUGGGACAUGGUCGUUUUCUGGCAGAAGUGGAGUUGAUGUGCGACUUGGACAGCUGCAAGUUUUUGCACAUAGAUGUUGCCAUGACUGAUCGAUGGGAGAAACAUCAACACCCCCAAACACCAUAUAUCAAUGACCAUGGUUUUGCAUUCACAUGCAAUGACGAACAGUGGACCCAUGAGUUUGAGUCUUGGUUUCGUGGACAGACGAUGGACGAUGUCUUGUCUUGGAAGUUUGCAGAUUGGAUUGGGAGUUGGGCCAAGGAAGAUGAUUUGAAUCAUCAAAUGGGGAUAGCGUUUGUGGGGGACAUGCAUGAAGAAGCACAUGAAGAGCAUCAACAACUUGACGCCCUCUGGGACUCCGAUGACAGAGCCCAGGUGAACCCUGUUGAGGAACUGAUUUCUGAGGAAACCCUCAUUGACGAAGUCGAGAUUCCAGGACUUCCACAAGAUGAGGUGGAGAGACGCAGGCAGUGGAGAAAGCUUCCAGCCAGAGUGAGGAUCGCUGUCAGGCGACUUCACCGUCAGUUUGGUCAUGUGCCGAGGCAGACCAUGAUCCACUUGCUUCGUGCUGCCAGGGUUCGAACAGAGUUCAUUGAUGCAGUAAAACUUCAUAGGCGCACAGCAUGUGAAGAAACAUCCCGAAAGAAACCCACACACAAAACUGCACUGCCCCACAACUACUCUUUCAACCAUAGCGUGGGAAUUGAUGUUUUUGAGAUCAUUGAUGCAGGUGGUUCCAAGUUUCAAGUUUUGAACAUGGUAGAUCUUGGGACGACAUUUCAACUGUGCGAGGUUGUCAGAACAGGCCAGGGACAGCCAUCAUCCAGUGAAUGUCUGAAAGCCCUGCAGAAACGUUGGUUUUCAUGGAGUGGACACCCAGUGAACUUGAUGUGUGACCGAGGGUUGCAUAACCGUGGUGUACGGUCAAAGUACAUGGACGAUCAUGGCAUUCAGGUUUAUCACAGCCCACUUGAGGCACCUGAAAACCAUGGCCGUGUAGAACGCCACGGGGCCAUUGCCAAAGCUCUUUUCCGAAAGGUCUCAAAAGAAACUCAACCUCUUGGCAGAGAACAGGUUGAGUCAGUUCUGCAAGAGGUGCUCAUGGUGAAGAAUAAUGCAUCACGUGUAGGAGGUUUUUCACCAUCACAAUGGGUGUUGGGUAAGGCACCACGCUCAGAGCCCAGUCCAUUGUCCGAAGAGCGAUUUGCAGAGCUCGGAGCCUUGGAAGCCCAGCACAACCCCGAAAGCAUUUUUGCUUUGCAGCAUCUUGCUAGGCAGGAAGCACAGAAAGCAUUUGUAUACCUUGAUUGCUCCAAGCGUGUCCAGCGAGCCAUGACCAAAAACACAUCACCUUUUCCGAGAGACUUCGAAAUUGGUGACUUGGUGACCUUUCGCAGGGAUAACCAGCGGGGAGGCACACGAUGGAGUCCCACAAGUAGGGUGAUAGGCCAUGAGGGAGAGAGAAAUCUAUGGUUGCUUUGUGGAAAUGUCCCAGUACUAGUGGCCAGUCAGAAUGUGAAGGUAGCUACUCCAAGUGAAGCAUUGGCACAUUCGGUUCUCCAUGGGCAGCCUGUCAUUCCUGAUGAGGUCGUGAUCGGAGGUGAACAGCAAUCCUUUUUGGAUGCUCGAAUUUCCCAAGAUUCCCAGAGUGACGGAUAUGAGCCAUCCGUACUUGAGGCGCCUGAACCAAUUGCUGCAGGCGAGGGAGCUGAACUACCAUUCAUAAAUUGGGGAGAUAAUAAUGAGGAUUUACCACCAAUACCCGAAGAUGAAGAAUUGGAUAAUGCAGGGGUAACUGUACCGGAAAUCACCAUUGAUGGUGAAGACAUGUCAGAUGAAGUAAAUGGUACAGAUGAACUGAUUUAA